UGAUUUCCAAAGAAACAAACUGGAGCGUGGCAAAGAGCAAAAUGGACUGGAAGUUCGUGGGAACAGGGUCGAUUGAUGUUAUGAUGAAGGAGAAGAUGUGUCCUGGGAUGGUCGACACCGGGGCAAAAAUGAACAUUAUAAACGUAGAAACGGUGGUAAAACUAGGGUUGGAGGUGGAUGAGAAUGACUGCGGGUUUCUCAAUGGAGCCAGCGGCAAGACCGGAUACAAUGGGGUCGCAUCGAAUGUGGUGAUAGAGAUAGGAAGAGUCAAGAGAGGAGGAAGCGCAGGACCCUCUGGACCCACCUUGAGAAAGGGCGGGCAGAUGAGGGAUCAGAAAGUCUCAAGGAACCUGGAGGAACUGCCAAUUUACAGGGCUGGAGACAGCCUGCGAGUAUUCCUGCGAGACCUUGAGGAGUAUGCAUUCAGGAAAGAAUGGGGUGACAGGGAGAAACUCGCGAAUGUGACUGGAGCAGGAAUGUACAAGAAGAGGAUUGAAGGAGUGGUGGCAGGAUGCACGAGGUGGAGAAUAUGCAAGAUGAGGUUGUGGAAGGAGAUGGGGGUCUUCCCAAUGGACUAUGUUGAGGAUGACCUAAGAUUUGAUGAGACCAAUGUGGAAGAUUUUAUCGACAGUUUGCAGCUGGCAGCCAGGCGGGAUCAAACAAGAAAGGAAAGGUUGCAGGAAAGGGAGUUAUGGAUUGGAAGAAAGAUGGAUGAGUCACAGAGGAAAGAGGCAGAGGAUGAAAAGGAAGAUGAUGUGCCUCUGAAAAGAUUGAAGAACAAGGCGAGGGUCGCCCCCAAGAGCAGCGACAAGGGAUCUGACCAGGCAAAAAGGGAUGAACACGAAGAGAUGAAGGAAACCGAAAGAAGGAAAAGAAUCAUGGGAGCAAGCGCGGCGCCAAGGGAGAGAAGGAUUGGGGAGAAAAUACCAGCUGAGAUUGGAAGGAAAGAGGUACAGGAGAAGGGGAGUGAGAAGGCAGGAGGAUCAAAGGAGACAGGAGAAGUGUCGAUUGGAGACAAAGAGGGGAAGGAAGGAGAGAAGGGUGAGAAGGAAGGGAAGUUGAGAAGGGCCAAGGAAGUGGAAGCUGAAGUAGGAAAGAGAAGAGCAGAGGGUGGAGAGUCAUCCCAGUUGAGAAAGGAGGUGGAGGAAGGGCAGUAUGACGACCUGCCUGUGAACUCCACAUGGGAUGUCAGAUUUGAGGGGAUGCUCCUCUCAGAGCUGGUGGUAAGUUCCAAGCACUCAGAAAACUUGCAGAAAAUGAUGGAGGUGCAUGAGAUGUUGGAUGAGAAAUGCACCAAACUCUUCGAAGAUUAUGCUGAGAUUGUCGGGAAGAUGGGGAGGAUGGAAAAAGAAGAUGAAGUGAAAGAAGUUGGGGAAAACCUGGACACGGUAGGGAAAGGACUCCAGGCAGACCUCAAGGGCAACACUGAACUCUUCACUCAAGGGUUCUUGGAUUACAUCCCUGGGCUCUUAAAGGAGAUGAGCAGGUUAAGAAAGAAGGAAGAAGAGAGAGAUACACAGGUAGCAAAGCUGGUUGGAGACAUGGAAGGGAUGAGGAAGGAAGUGGAGGAGCUGAAGAAGGGGAAGGAGGAAUUGCAGAAACAAGUAAGGCAAUUGAGGGCCGCCCUGACUAUGAAAGGCAGAGAAUUGGAGGAUGAAGCAGCUGCAAGAGGAAGAGUGGAAAAAAUGGUGGAAGAUUUAUGUUUUGAGGUCAGUGCGCAGGGAGUAGACAUGGACACUGAGAUCUCAGAGAGAAAGAAAUUGAGACAGGAAUGGGAGAAAAUAUGGGGUGAGAUAUUGAAAGGAAUGGGGGGACUCAAAUUGAGCCAUCAGGGGAAAGAAAAGGAAACCACAGAAAUGGUGGAGAGAAAUGAGGGUGAAGGAAAAUGGGUACAGACUGAGGAGAGAAGAGAGGAGUCUCCUGGACCAGAAAGGGAGGUAAGUGAGAGUGUGGCUAUGCCUCUGCCAACGCAGGGCAAGAAGCAAAGGGAAUUUGAAUUGGGCUCACCAGAAGGAACUGAGGAUCAAGCUGAGACUUCAGGCCAGACAGACAUGAAGAAGAUCAAGCCUAAUAUGGUUGGAAAAACGUGCUUUUUCUGCACUUAGGAAGGGCAUCUCAGGGAUGAUUGUUCCAUUCAGGCAGUGUAUAUCAAGGAAGGGAAGGCAAAAUAUGAUAAC